AUGUAUCAAAUAAAACUUUCGCGGGCGGCGCUCCAUGAACCGGUUAGAGGUGCUUGGUGUAGGGUGUGCGAGAGCUGUUAUGUGUCGAGAGAUGGCUAUCUUGAUCAUAAAGGCUUUGUCAGAGAUCAUACCUCAGAUUUCAAAUCCCUUCGCCAAAAAAAUGUCGACAAACAACAUCUCGAGACUUCUCGCUUAGAUAAACGGUUGACGAAGCUUACACAAGUUCUCACGGACCCUACCGCAGCAGAAAUGCUCAAUGUUCAACAACAGAGCGCUGCUUCCAAGCUUUGGCCCGUCAAUCUUAAUGGUCUACGAAACCAGCGAAAACUGCUGGAGCAAACUAUAGUAAAUUGGGAGGACGAUGCCAAGGUUCCGAAUUGUCCGUUCUGUAAACAGACUUUCACAAACUUUUCACUCCGAAAGCACCAUUGUAGGUUGUGUGGGAAAGUAGUUUGUGGCGAUACUAGAACCGGGUGUUCAAGCGAGGUGGGGUUGAAUGUUAAUGUCAAUGUGGGGGGAGGAAAGACAUUAACAGAGAAGAUGGGUGAGGUCGCAUUAGAUGUUAGGAUAUGUAGAGAGUGUAACGGUGUGCUGUUUAGCAAAAGGGAUUUCAUGGACGAAGUUGCCCGGAAGCCGCCGGAUCAGAAGAGCUACGAGACAAUGGUCGAAUUCGAGAAGGGAAUUAUUACCAUGCUCCCCCGGUUCCAAAAAUUACUGGCAACCUUACAGGACUCAAGCAGACCCCCGACUCCGCAACAACGUUCCGAGGCCUCGAAAACUCGCAAGCGCCUCCUCGACGCUUUCACACAAUAUGACACUGCUGCGAAGCGUAUAGUGAAUCUCCCAACAGACUCCCCGACCCAGAAACAGCUUCAACGAUCUAUAUACUUGUAUUCCGUCGAGUUUUUACAAACUCACAUGUUUCCGCUGAAAGCUUUGCCGAAAAUACUGAAACAAACCAAAUCCAGCAAGCUUGGUAAUGGGCAUCACAGAGGCCUAGGGUCGCCUGCAAGCAUUAUAGAUGAUGCCAGUAGUGUUGUGAGCAGUAAUCCGGAGGUCGAUGCCGAGGAGAAGUUGCUAAAAGAGCAGCUAGCGGUUCUGGAAGAGCAGAAGUUCUUAGUUGGGGAGAUGAUUGCGAGUGCGAAGGCGAGUAGGAGGUUCGAGGAGAUUGGGGCAUUGGCGCAAAGCCUUGGAGAACUUGAAAAGGAGGUUGAGAAGGUGGAAGGCCAGAUUAAAGAUUUUGAGAAACGGAACCCGGUGUGGUAG